UUAGCUCAAAUUACACGUGGAUUUCCACUCAGUGAGUGAGUAAGUGAGUCCACAAAUGCGAUAAAAACUCGGCUCAACUUUUAAGCUCAAGGGUUUCUUUUAGAGCACCAGAGAAGAAAAAAGAAAAAGAAAAAUCAGUAGUAAAAAAGCAGAAAGAAGAAGGGAAGACCCAGAUCUCAAAUCUCUUUCUAUCAAUGAAAGGAUGUAAUAUAUAUAUUGUAUAUAUAGAUAGAUACACAAAGAGUAGAAUUACAUAUAAUUUGAGAAAGUAAGCUGUUGUCCUUCAAAUUCAACAUCAUUUCAUAUGGUUUUGAAAUUGAGCUGACCAUUUUCUCCAAAAUGCCACGCCCUUUUUUCCAUAAGCUUAUUCUCUCCACUACCCUUCAACACAAGAAACUGAGGAUCCCCGAUAACUUUGUUAAGAAAUUCGGGGACGAACUUUCUGUUGCUGCUGCUCUCACUGUUCCUGAUGGUCAUGUUUGGCGUGUAGGAAUAAGGAAAGCCGACAACAAGGUUUGGUUUCACGAGGGUUGGCAGGAAUUUGUAGAGCGGUACCAUAUCCGUGUUGGCUACUUACUGGUUUUCAGAUAUGAAGGGAAUUCUUGUUUCAGUGUUAGUAUAUUUAGUUUGUAUAACUCGGAAAUCAACUAUCAGACUAAUGCUUUCGUCGGUACACAAUACUAUCAUAGAAAACCGUAUCCAUUUGAAGAACUUGAAGAUGACGAAUGCAUCUCUCCGGCACUGCAGAAUUUGUUUUCUGCGUCUAAAGUUAAUAACUGCAUGAACUGGAGUGGUGAAAUCAAUUUUCGUGCGUUAAAGGGCAUGAAUAGCCAAUCUUUUCGAGGUGCAGUGCUACCAAAACCAAACAAGCCUGGGAGGAAAAAGCAGAAGUUUGAUCACGCUGAACCAGAUUCAUCUGUUGGACAAGAAUAUGAUGUGUAUACAAACUUUAGAUUAUAUGAAAGUGCUUCAGCCAGAAAGAGAUCUGUGACAACGGAAGAAAGAGAGAGAGCAAUUAACGCAGCCAAAUCAUUUGAGCCGAUGAACCCUUUCUGCAGAGUUGUCUUACGACCAUCAUAUCUAUACCGGGGAUGUAUUAUGUACUUACCAUCAUGCUUUGCUGAGAAGUAUCUAAGUGGGGUUUCGGGAUUUAUUAAACUUCAGCUUCCAGAUGGGAGACAAUGGCCCAUUCGAUGUCGUUAUAGAGGUGGCAAAGCCAAGUUUAGUCAGGGAUGGUACGAGUUUACGUUGGAGAAUAAUUUGGGUGAAGGAGAUGUCUGUAUCUUCGAGCUGCUCAGAUCAAGGGAAUUCGUGCUUAAAGUUACCGUAUUUCGUGUAAGGGAAAGCGCACCAGUCUCAAUGAAAUGCCGCCCUGAGUUAAACCAGCUAACAUAUAGUGAACAUAUCCUUCCAGAUGAUGUGAAACCGAUCCGGGUCAAUAAGAGCAUGCCAUUUUGAUGUCCAUAAAAAGCUUUUAAUGGGGGGAAGACUUUUAGUUGCGUAGAAGAGUAAAUACAAAAUUUUUCUCUUGUGGGGUUUGAUUAGGACUGUAAAUAGAGCAAUGAAGGUGAUGAUGAUGAUGAUGACGACGUUGAACUUUGAGGGAAGGAAAAUGGGGUGUUGGGCUUUGAUUUUUGUGGUCUGUUUUUGAUUGGCUUUAAAUUUUCAUUCACUGCUUUUGGCUUGAAUUCCUCAUGUUGUAGUUUUUAUGCUACUUUUUAAGUUGGGUAAAUUAUACUCGGGCUUAUUAAA